AUGACUGAUUCUUCUUCAGUAUCAUCUUCUCCCUCUGAUCCUUCUUCUGAUUCCUCCAGUCCUUACUAUCUUCACCAUGGAGAUAGUCCAGGAUCUAUUCUUGUUACUCAAGUUCUCAUUGGUAACAAUUACCAUACUUGGCGUAGAUCCAUGCUAAUGGCCCUCACUGCCAAGAACAAAGUUGGUUUCGUUGAUGGCUCUAUUGCCAAACCAGUAGGUACUUCUUCUCUUUUUCAUAGCUGGACCAGAUGCAAUAACAUGAUCUUAUCUUGGCUUCUUAAUUCUCUUGCUAAAGAGAUUGCUGCUAGUGUCAUAUAUGUCGAAUCUGCCAAGGAAGUUUGGUCUGAUCUUCAAGAACGUUUCUCUCAAGGAAAUGGUCCUCGGAUCUUUCAACUGCAGAAGUCUAUUGCUUCUCUUAUGCAGAAUGAUCUCUCUGUUAGUGCAUAUUUCACUCAAAUGAAAGGUUUAUGGGAUGAAUUGAUGAACUAUAGACCCUUACCUGUAUGUUCAUGUGGAGGUCUGCGUACAUUGAUGGCCAUGCAUUAG